AUCUGACGACCGUUGCCAUUUGAGCGGAAAAAAAAAACUCAAGUCUCCUUUUCUCUCUCUCUAGCUCUCUCUCUCUCUCUAGAUUUUUCCAGCAGCAAUGGGAAGAUUCAGUGCAAAGACUGACUACGAAGAUCUCAGAAAUGUCCGAAUCUUGGAAAAUAAGGCUCGCUUGAAGACGUUGGGAUUGCAAAAAACCAUUUCGGAGCUUCGAUCCAUAGUUUCAUCUGCAAAACCAUCGAGGAAACCUUGGACCAGAAAGGUAUACGACUUGUCGUCUCUGCGGCGUUCCGGCCGCUUGAAGCGAACAUCCUCCGAAGUAACUCCAAUACGGUUUUCUUUACGACGCUCUUCUCGGUUGGGUAGCGAUUCUAUCCAAACCAAUUCAGGGGAACUGUUUGGUGAUGAAAGCGAGGAUGAAGAAACUGUUGGAGAAAAGAAAAGGCCUGCAAACAUGCCUUGGGUGAAUAUAAAAGGCUCAGGGCUUCAACUUUCGCCCGAAGCUUCAGCUUUGCGAUGCAGUAGCAGGGGAAGGGGUGGUGUCUACAACUCUGUCUUGGGAAUUUGCUGCCAUUUUUGCAGGCAGAAAAAAUUGUGUGGUGAGGAAGAUUGCAAGCGGUGUGGUAAUCUUGACGUGAAUGAACCGUGCAUUGGAAAAACUGAUUGUUCGGUUUGUCAUUCAAGCAACGGUGUUCUCUGUCGAGCUUGUCUGAAGGUUAGGUAUGGUGAAGAAAUGGAAGAGGUUAGAGAAAACAAAGAAUGGAUGUGCCCUCACUGCAUAGAAGAAAAAGGAAUAAACCAGUAUUGGAUAUGCAACAGUUCAUUUUGCCUGAAGAAACGAAAUAUGGCUCCAACAGGGAUAGCAAUAUACAGAGCUAAAGAGUUGGGAUACAAAUCAGUGGCACAUCUUGUAAUGGACAAGCUUAAAGGAAAAGAAGAAGGAAGACCUGAGAUUGUGUAGGGAAUCAAUAACAUUUUUAGCACCAAAAAAAAUUAAGGAUUUGUAUGUUAGUUAGGUUAAUCUGAUUUUGAAGGAAAAGUCUGCUAUCUAAUCUACUCGAUGGGACAGUGCCUGCUCUCGCCUUGUAUUUUUCUUUGAUUAAUUCAGAGCACACUCCUAUCUCUACUUUGUGAUGAUCAUAACAAUUUUCAUUCAAGAAAGAGCUUUUUUUUAGCA